CGGCGAGUCAUUGCAGGGAUAAAUAUAAGCAACAUGGGCCAGCAACGCAAGCCGCCGUGGCGAGAGACGCUGAGCUGCAAGGUGGCCAGAGCCAAGGCGGUCGCGCGCAGUACAAACGACGACGAAAUGCGCGGCAACCCGUACCAUGCCGUGCUCUCGAUUUUGCCCACCGAUUUGUACGAAGAGAAGCGAGCGUUUGCCGCCAAAACGUGCCGCGGCAAGCUCCCGCUCAAGCCAGAGAAGGGCCGCGACCCGUACGGCGUUGCAGCCGACCAGAUCGACAACAACAUUCCACUGGGCAUCUACGACACGGACCGUGGCCGAAACCAGGGCAUUGCCAAAGCCGUGGCGUCGUCGCAGCAGACGUACGCUCCGGCGUUCAAAUCCCGCCGCGGCCGGUUCCUUGGCGUGCCCAACUACAAGCUCUCGACGCACGCCAUCAACGCCAAGGAGCCUUAUGCGAACCCAGAGCAGAUGGGGCCUGGCACCUACAAGCUGCGUCCGACGACCCUUGUCAUCAAGCAUUUGCACGAGCCCGGGUACACGUUUACGAGCCAGGUCGACCGCUUCGAGUCGCCUCAGCGGUCGUACGCCGAGUCAACGACGACGACAGCGCUGCCAUCGACACUUGGGAAGGCGCCGGUGAGCACGGUGGCCGUGUCCAUGACCCCGCGCUUCACGUCCGACUCGACCUUCCCCGAGAACUAUGCGUCGUCCAAGCAGCAGCGCAUCUUUUACCCGCCCGAUAUCGUCUACGACAAGCCGCUCACCAAAGACACGAUCCAGGACCGCGUGGCCACGACGCACGUCAAGUACUCGGCCAUGACGUCGCAAGCCGGCCGGCUCGUCUCGACGGCGUCCAUGGUCCACAAUACCGUGGGCGCGCCCCGCUUGCAUGCAUCGACGGGCGACGCGCUCGGGCCGGGCGCGUAUGCGACGCCGUCAACCUUUGCCAAGCCAGCGACAAGCAGCGUCCUGCCCCAAGUCUCUGAGCACUCCAAGGACCGGUUUGGGAUGAAGGCAACCAAGCAGGCGCAGUGCAUCGAGACGCGCUUCCGGAGGUUCUGCAUCUCGUAGUCGGUCGCUCUCUCUUCCGCGCGACUUGGGAAUUUGCCCAAGUCGAAGAAAGCAUAACCAAAACGAAUUCCACGGUCUUUUAUUCUU